AUGCUCAGUCGUUGCGGCCGCCCAGCCUCGCGCUUGCUCCCGCUCGCCGGAAGCUCCAGAGCUAUCACCUCGCAGCUCUCCUCGCAUCUAUCCAGAUCGAUUCCGCAGUCGCGCGGAGUUUCGUCCUCCAGUCGUGAUGGUCAGCAGCAUUUGCUCUCCGCAUCACUGAAGGAGGAGGACCCCACCAUCCACAAUAUCCUGCAAAAGGAGAAAAAACGCCAGAAACACUUUAUCAACUUGAUCCCUUCGGAGAACUUCACCUCGCAAGCCGUCCUCGAUGCGCUGGGCAGUGUGAUGCAGAACAAAUAUUCCGAGGGAUAUCCCGGAGCGAGAUACUACGGAGGAAAUGAAUUCAUUGACGAGGCAGAGCGACUAUGCCAGCUGCGUGCUCUGGAGACUUUCCGGUUGAACCCCGAGGAGUGGGGUGUGAACGUGCAGCCUCUGUCCGGCUCUCCUGCCAACUUGUACGCCAUCUCUGCUCUUCUGAAUACCCACGAACGUCUCAUGGGUCUGGACUUGCCUCAUGGUGGCCAUCUAUCGCACGGUUACCAGACCCCCACCAAGAAGAUCUCGUUCAUCUCGAAAUACUUCGAGACGUUCCCCUACCGUCUGGACGAGACUACCGGUCUGAUCGACUACGACGCUCUUGCCAAGAAUGCUCUUCUGUACCGCCCGAAACUCAUCAUCGCCGGCACGUCGGCCUACAGCCGGCUGAUCGACUACUCUCGCAUGCGGGAGAUCGCGGACGCGGCCGGUGCUUACCUCCUGAGUGACAUGGCUCACAUCUCUGGUCUGGUCGCUGCCGACGUCGUGCCGUCGCCCUUCCAGCACUCGGAUGUUGUCACGACCACCACUCACAAGUCCCUGAGAGGUCCCCGCGGUGCGAUGAUCUUCUACCGUAAGGGUGUCCGCCGAACGGACAAGAAGGGCAACCCCGAGAUGUACGAUCUGGAGAACCCCAUCAAUGCAUCCGUCUUCCCCGGUCACCAAGGUGGCCCUCACAACCACACCAUCACCGCUCUGGCUGUCGCCUUGAAGCAAGCGCAGUCGGGCGAGUUCAAGACCUACCAGGAAACGGUGCUGGCCAACGCCCAGGCGCUUUCGGACCGAUUGGGUAACUCGCAGAACAACGGUGGCUUGGGCUACAACAUCGUGUCCGGCGGAACCGACAACCACUUGGUUCUGGUGGACCUGAAGAACCGCGGGGUGGAUGGUGCCCGCGUUGAGCGUGUGCUGGAGCUGUGCGGUGUUGCCAGCAACAAGAACACUGUGCCCGGGGACAAGUCCGCCCUCAAGCCCGGCGGUCUGCGUCUCGGUACUCCGGCCAUGACCACGCGGGGCUUCCAGCCGGAGGACUUCCGCCGCGUGGCCGACAUCGUGGAUCGUGCCGUGAUUAUCACCCAGAAGCUGGACAAGGCCGCCAAGGAAAGCGCCUCAUCCAAGGGCGUCAAGAACCCUAACACCGUCAAGGCAUUCCUGGAUUAUGUCAAGGAAGGCGAAGAGAUCCCGGAAAUUGUCCUCCUCAGACAGGAGGUCGAAGACUGGGUCGGAACCUUUAGCCUUCCGUGGGCCCAGGAGGAGUAA